GUCUUUUCCGUCUAUGCAACUAACGAAAAUAUCUACGGCCCUCUUCUUCUUUCCAUUAUACGGCUAUGGAGUAGUUAUCCCACCGCCCAAAUAAUCGCUCACGAAGGAAGAGCCGAAGACUACAUGUUCUUCCAAAGGGACAUGUUUAUCUCUACGCAUUUCGAUCUUCUGCAUGCUCUCCAGAAGUUUCUUAAACUUCGAUCCAAGUCAAACCGGGAAGAAUUUUAUGAGACGGAGGUAGUAUCUCUUACAUUUAUUGUUAAUCCGUUGACUCUCGGAUGAAGCAGAUGUGCUUGAGAUCACCUUAUGCACUAAUGAAGUGCAUAUAAAUUGCUGAGUUUGAUCAACAGUUCAACACUAAUGAUCAAGUCAGAGACUUCACUUUCAAGUUGCUGUUAAUUCCUUGAUUCAACACUAAUGAUAAAGUUAGAGACUUCACUUUCUACUAUGUCUCUCUUUGCCAACAAAAUGAUGUUGUUUAGAACAGAAUUUGAUGAAAGAACAAAGCUGUUGCGCUAAAUACAAAAAACAAAGCUAGGGAAAAGACACCUCUGUUAACUUUUUUGUAUGUUAUGGUCCCUUGAAUACAAUAGUAGGAAUCUAAGAAAGCUUAACUUACUAAGAUGCACAUAGAGGUUUAUUAUUAAGUUUUAGUACUACGUAUUUUCUAAUAAUAUUAUCCCUUAUGACUGUCCCAGUGUGUUGCAUAGUAGCUCUAAAACAGCCUCGACUUUCAUUGGAUAAAAUUAUGAAGAAUCAAUUCUGAUCUACUGUCAAUGUCUGUUACCCUCUUAUUUGUUACAUCUAGCUAAUAAGUUAAUGCAAAAAAGACCCCCUAGAAAUGAUAAAGAUCUCUGGUAAUAUACAUGGUAUGUGAAAGCUGGUUAUCUGAAAAAACCAAUGGCUACAGAGACCAGCUAUCUCACACCAUUGGCUUUUUCAGAUAACCAGCUUUCACAUACCAUGUAUAUUACCACUGAUGGAGUAUGUGGCCCGGGAACCCCCGGCCCACAGACUCCUACUACUCCAAUAAAGGCCCAACAGGCCCAGAAGGCCCAACAGGCCCAAAUCACGGCGCCCAGAGUACCAAGCAGUCCACAACACGCAUCAGGGGUGCCUUCGGCCCCAUGGCCGAAGGCUCUAACUCUCACACGAGGGCCAAGACAGCAAAACAAAGUUACUGGGAAAAACGGCGAAAAUCAGUAGCCCUCGGCAAUGGGAGCCCUCGGCACUAAGGGGGUCCCCGGAACUCAGAGCGUUCGGCUAGUCCUCUACAGCCGAGGGCACCCUGCCUGAGAUGAUAUCCACACCACAUGCGUACAGAUCACCGUACCCUGUACAAACGUCCCUUCCAACAGCCGCUUUAAAUGCGGCCACAUGCGGUUGCCAGCGCCAACCAGAUGAGGUGACCUCUCGGCCAAUGGACGCUUGACACGUGUCCAUGUCCGGCAUUUAUUGCUACUAUAAAUAGCACCCCUUUUCCCCAUUUGUAACCAGGUCAUAACACGCUAAAAACGCUCCACACUUUACAAUAUACUUUCUCUCUCUAUAUUUACUUGCUCCGACUUCUCUCUUAUUAUUCCCCGCAAUAACCCCUCGGAUAAGCUACCCCCCGGGUACACUAUCCAUCAUUUGGUGCUCUCGUUGAGAGUUCGAACAAUCAAGUAAGAAACCCUCCCCCUUCGCCAGACACUAGCCCUCUACCAAAAUGGUGAGAACAACACGUGCCAACUCCAAAAACGUAGAAGACAAGAACCUGGCCAUCAGCGACGUCAACGCCCCCGAAGCCUCUCACAGGGCUCCCGAGGGCGGUGUCAUCGCUGAGCUGGAACAGGCGGCUGUCGACCUACGCCUUCAGAUCCAACAGAAUGCCCCCGAUGCCCGCCUCGGCAUCGAGGCCAAGAAGAAGAACCGGAGCGAUGACCAAGCCGUCCUAGGGCGCACCAUGGAGGCCUAUGUUGACGACAUGAUCGUCAAAAGCAAACAAUCUUCCAGCCAUGCCGACGACUUCCGGGAAAUCUUCGUCAUCAUGCAAAAGUUCAACCUUCGGCUAAACCCGAAGAAGUGCACCUUCGGCGUCCAAGGGGGCAAAUUCUUAGGCUACAUGGUGAGCUGAAGGGGUAUUGAGGCCAAUCCCGAGAAGAUCCAGGCCAUCAUCAACAUGGAGCCCCCACGCAAUGUGAAGGAAGUUCAACGGUUGACGGGCCGCCUGGCAGCCCUCAACCGCUUUCUAUCUAAAUCAGCGGAGAAGUCUUUACCCUUCUUCCAGAUCAUGAGGAAGACGGCUGGCUUUCAAUGGACUUCAGAAUGCCAGGAGGCUUUCGACGAACUCAAACGGUACCUAUCUUCACCCCCUGUGCUCUCCAAACCAAAGGUAGGGGAGACCCUCUACCUCUACCUUGGAGUCAGCCCGACAGCCAUCAGCUCUGUGCUCAUCCGGGAGGAAGACGACAUCCAACAUGCCAUCUUCUAUGUAAGCAAGACCCUAAGGGAGGUCGAGCUCAGGUACUCCCCUGUGGAAAAAACGGUGUUAGCCAUCGUUUGGACCGUCAAGAAGUUGGGCCACUACUUUCAGGCCCACCCGGUUCAGGUCCUCACUCAUCAACCCCUCGGCGCCCUCAUGAGGAGCCCCACCAGCUCCUCCCGCAUGGUGAAAUGGGCUAUCUUCUUGAGCCAAUACAACAUUGACAUCCGUCCGAGGCCUGCCAUCAAAGGCCAAGCCCUGGCGGACUUUGUGACGGAGUGUACCGUAAGGGCAGCCACGGACGGGGAGCCCUCGGCUACCUCGGACGACUGGUGGACCCUCUACACCGACGGCUCCUCCGCAACCAAAGCAUGCGGGGGAGGGGUAGUCCUCGUUACUCCCGAGGGCUUCAAGGCCUACUAUGCAAUCCGCUUCUCCUUCAAAGUCUCCAACAACGAGGCCGAGUAUGAGGCCCUCCUAUGUGGCCUUCGGCUGGCUGCCAACAUGAAGGCUCGGCAGAUCCAUAUCAAAUGCGACUCCAAGUUAGUCGUCGGCCAAAUCUCCGAGGAGUAUGAGGCCAAGGAGGGAAGAAUGAAACAGUACAAGGAGGUGGCCAAGGAGUUGCUUAAGGUAUUUGAGGCACACUCUCUCACUCAAAUACCGAGGGCUCAGAACUCCGAGGCCGACAUACUAUCUAAGCUCUCGGCCGAAUCCCCCGAGCACAUCUCUAAGAUUGCCAAAAUUGAGGAACUCAGUCUCUCAAGUAUCCAUGCGAGCCCCGUCAUGAGCAUACAACAACGCCAAGAGGACUGGAUCUCAGAUAUCAUCACCUUCAUCUCCACAGGGCAGCUACCUGAGAAUGGGACCCGCGCUAAACUAGCAAAGCUGAGGGCUCCUAGCUACACCAUCGAAGACGGAAGGCUCUACAAACGGUCUUACAACGGCACACUACUUCGGUGCCUUCAUCAAGAUGAAGCCGAGGUCGCAAUGGAGGAAGUGCACAGUGGCACUUGCUCAGCUCACCAGGGACCCUUCUCCAUGUCCCGAAGGCUCAUUCUCCAGGGCUACUUCUGGCCAACCAUGGCCAGGGAUUGUGCUGACCUUGCCCGAAGGUGCACCGCAUGCCAACAUUUCCAGAAAGCCCCCGGCAGGCCAGCGGUCAUAUAUGCCCCCAUCAGCACAUCCGUCCCCUUCUCUCGAUGGGGGAUAGACCUUGUGGGCCCUCUGCCGAGGGGUACCUCCAACAACAGGUACAUCAUUGUGGCCAUCGACUACUUCACCAAGUGGGUGGAGGCUGAGCCCCUCGCCAGCAUCACAGAGGCGAAGUGCCGUCACUUCGUCCUCAAGAACAUCCUCACAAGGUUUGGCGUCCCCCAUCAGAUCAUCUCCGACAACGGAACACAAUUUGAGGCAGCCCCCUUCUGUGCCCUCCUGGAGGCAUGGGGCAUCAAACACACCUUCUCCUCCGUUGCCUACCCUCAAGGUAACGGGCAAGUAGAGAACGCCAACCGGAUCUUGCUCGAGGGCCUCAAAAAGAAGCUGGAGGCUGAGGGCGGUGGCUGGGUAGAAGAACUCCACAACAUCCUUUGGGCCUACCGCACCACCCCUCGGCGAGCAACAGGUGAAACACCCUUCUCCCUCUACUACGGGUUUGAAGCCAAAGCUCCUACGGAAGUCACCCUUCCUACCCGGAGGGUGAUCCAAUAUGACCCCGAGGUCAACGACAACAACAUGGCCCUCGACCUCCACCUCCUUUCAGAACGCCGGGAGCAAGACUUCAUCCGGGCAGAAAACUACCGAAGGCAAGUCAAAGGCUACAUCGACGCCAAGGUUCGCACCCGAGAAUUCCAAGUGGGGGACUAUGUCCUCCGGAGGAGGGAAGCCAGCCAACCGACCGAGGGAGGCAAAAUGGCACCAAAGUUCGAAGGCCCCUACAUCAUAGCAACCAUCAUCAAACCUGGGACUUACAAGCUCAAACGCCCCAACGGGAAAGAUGUCCCUAGGCACUGGAAUGUACACCACUUAGUUAAAUUUUAUCAAUAAUGUAAGAGCGGCCAAGCCCUCAUAAGUAGUGAAUGUACUAUCCUAUGGCCCAAGGCCUCCAAUUUUGAAGAAUGAAGACACAUUCAAGACACCAAGAACAACCACAAGACACUUAUGAGCGGCCAAGCCCUCAUACGAACUACAGGCCCAAGGCCUCACCACUAGAAGAACCCCCUCCGACACCAAGUGCCGAGGGCGGACACCACCAACACCUCCAACAACAGUGAAAACACCAAGUGUUUUCGAACAAGAACCCUCAGUACCAAGUACCGAAGGUGGGAACUCCCAUCACCGGCAACAAGAAACACCAAGUGUUUCACUUCAAGACCCUUCGACAUCAAAAAGAAGAAGAACACCAAGUGUUCCUACAGAAGACCCCUCGGUACCAAGUACCGGGGGCUGUAUGUCAAAACUAACACCAAGUUUUGUUUCUAAAGCCGUACCCCACGAGGACGCAUAUACCGAAGGCACCACCAUCGAUGCCGGCGGCACGUAGUGCCCCCGACCAUUUGCAACUAGUGUGCAAAUGAAAACCCUUCCUUGAAACGCUUUCCGCGUCACUACCCCCAGGGUAGAACAUGCAAGUUAUAUGCCCAGGAUUCGACUUUCAAAAACGGAACGCUUUCCGCGCCAUUACCCCCAGGGUGUGGCAGGCUGCGGGCUUUGCUUGACGCCGAGGAUUCGACUUCCAAACCGAAACGCUCCCCGCGCCAUUACCCCCAGGGUGUGGCAGGCCGCGGACUUUGUCUGACGCCGAGGGGACGAUUUUCAAAAAUGAGGCGCUUUCCGUGCUAUCUUCCUAGGGGAAGCAGGCUACAGACUACGUCUUACGCCCAGGAAACGUCCCUCGAUCCCCUCGUAAUUCGGAAGGUUAACCUGAGGGAGGAGAGCCAUUGGUGUAUUCUGAUGGUCUCCUGAUAGGCCCAGCCUUACCAAGAAACCAAGUUUCUUGAUGCCCUUCCCUUCACCACCAACCAAAAAAAAGAAAAGAAAAAAAAAACAGAGGGGGUGAAGGGGAGUAGACUCAUCGAGAAAUCAAUGAGUACAACACUCCAACAAAUCACAACAUACCGAGGGCUCUAUACGGGAACACCUCCGGUAACUGAAGGCUCCUAUUUCCCGAAGGUUACUACUCAACAAUACAAAGGGAUUGGACUGUCUCGAGUACACUAAACGGCUAAGUUCACUUCAAAUAAGUGCCGAGGGCACCUACUAUCGGUCAUCCAUUGCUACCGAGGGGUCCUAUCCUGUAAAAGGGGAUGCAACUGACUAAGGCAGCUCAACAACCCUUCAAGUGAAUGCCGAGGGCACCUAUAUCCCACCAGCAUUCACUACAACAUCAAUGUCCUACAAAUUUUCCUAAGUCCACACUUUUGAAAAAAUGACAACAGCCGGAGGCUCAUAUAUCACCCAACAACCGAAGGCAUCUAUUACAAAUCAUCAAAGGCCAACCAAGGGGGCUUAUCCCAAAAUAAUGUCGCCCUCGGGAAAUCUUAAUUGGAAAACACUACUAACCGAAGGCUACACAAGGAAGCAACACUUAGAAAAUUUUCUAAGUCCUGAAGAUUGAGCCCCCGGCCUGAUCAAUAUCUCAACUGAGGGACCAUGAUAGCCGAAGGCUACGUGAUGCAACAGCACUUAGAAAAUUUUCCAAGUCCUACAUAUUUGGCCCUCGGUCAAACAUUCACACAUCAGGAAGGGAAGCUACCAGCCGAGGGCUUCCAAUGGGAAACUACACUUAGAAAUUUUUCUAAGUCCUAAGGAUUGGGUUCUCAACCUAAUCAUCACACAACAAUUGAACUACAAUCACCCGAGGGCUCCUACUUCAUACAUGCUACACUAAAAAAUUCUAAGUCCCAGAAGCCUUAUCCUCGGCGACAAGUUUCUAAGUCUCGAAUCUCCCUGCAGCCCGAGGGGUCACACGAUUGAAGGCUUGGUGAGACUACACUUAGAAAAAUUUCUAAGUCCUAACUAUUGCUGGGCCCUCGGCCAUACAUCCAGCGAAGGGUGCCCAACUACCGAAGGCCAAAACUGUAUUCAAACACUUAGAAAAUUUUUCUAAGUCCUAAGCACCUCACCUCCGGUCAUCUCAUAAAGGCUACAUAGAACCAGAGGGAAGGAUCAGCCGGGGGCCAACAGAUGAACAAACACUUAGAAAUAUUUCUAAGUCCUGAACAUUGUGCCCUCGGCGAAAGGUUCAACUGACGAAAGAUUACUAGUAGCCGACGGCUACAAGAAGCACUACACUUGGAAGAAUAUAUUCUAAGUCCUAAACAUACAUUCAGGAAAGCGAAGGCAUACAUUCAAAAGAAAACGACGGCAUGCAUUCGAGAAUAAACGAAUUAAAAGGAAGCAUGUUAUAUAUCAAAAGCCCGAAGGAAUAUGUACUCAUUCAUCCAAGGGAGGGAAGUUUAAAUGUGCGUUACAAAAGGGGCCGAAGCCAACAAUUACAACAAAGUAUGAUUACAAAACGGGGGGAGUACAUUUCAGGAAGGGGGAGCUGUAGAAACUGCCUCACUCUCGGCCUCAUCCUCAUCGCCCCCAAGGCCGCACUCCCGGAGGGUCUCUGAAUCUUCGAGCACUGGCCUUUCUUCCCCCUCGGGGAGCGGGAUCCUGAUGUCUGGCUGGCGAGGGGGGAGGCCAUAAGCCUCUGGAUGGAAUUCCUCCGGUGCAAUUUGGAAGUGCCUCGCAAGCUUCCGGUAGAUAAGGCGCUGGGUGAAGAACUCCCCGCCUUGGUAGUACGAGUCGCCCCUCUCAGCAAGCCACAUCUUGCUGGGGCCUCCGACCCAUUCGUCCACCGAAGCCCCCACCACUGAAGUAAGCCACUCCCUCCGGUCUUCAGCCUUCCAUCCCUCGGCAGUAAAGCUGGCCACCGCAUCCUCUCGGGCUUUUGAGACGGCCUCUUCUUGAGCUGCGCGGGCUUCAUCGGCAGCAACGCGGGCGGCCUCGGCGGCAGCCUCCCGGGCCCUGACUAGGCCCUCGUUCACACCUUCGGCCCUCGCAGCUUGGACCCGCUGCUCCAUGCCGUCGGUAUCCAGGCGAAGAGAGUCCUCAGCCUCGGUGAGUUUCUUCCUGAGGAGGGCGGCCUCCCCCUCGGUUGCGCCCUUGGCCUCCCUCAUUUGCUCCACCCUCCGGAGGUGCUCACAGAGGCCCAUAAAGCUCUGCAAUUUACAAAGGCGAAGAAUAAGGCACGAUGAACACAUUACAAAAAAAAGCACAACAACGAACAAGGAAAGGAUGUGUAUGACUUACGGAGGCAGCGUUCAGAAGGACCUUCGCCUCGAGGGAUCCCUCGUCCAACCUGGCAAGGGCCAACCGGUCAGCCGACGGCAGCAUCUGGCUCAUCAGUGCCGAAGGGUUCAGGCUGCCAUCCAAUACUGAAGCUCCCUUCGGCACUAGCGCCUCCAGCUUCUCCCGCCCGAAAAAUUCCUGGUUGAUGUGUUCCUGGGAGGUGGGAGCAGAGGCGUGCCCUUCAUCCAUGAUCACCACCACAUCGGUGGUCGGCUGUUUGGCGGGGGCGGCGGUCUUCAGCUUCUUUGCCGGGGGCUCGGUUCCCUUGCCGGUGUUCUUCUUCUUCGUAGGGCCGACACCCCUGGACCCUCCGGCGCCGACACCGGCAAUUGCGGGUUGGGAGGGCCCCUCCCUGCCAGAAGUGCCCACCGGGGCCUUCUUCUUCCCCUUCGCGUUCUUCAAGGCACAAAGAGAGCCUACGUCCAUGUUAUUACCUGCAAGGAAAAAAAAAGAACACAGAAGGUUAAACCGAAGGGUGUCAGUUGCAAUAGCAUAGAAUAAAAAAAAACAAACAGAAGUGUGUGAAGGGAAACUAUGAAGGUACAAAUGAGCCCUUCGAUAAUCACCUCCGGCUCCUUCAAAGACUCGAUCGAGGGGAGGGUAUCUUUCAUCCGAAGAGCCCCUCGGCCGGAACUGCCGGAAGCCAAGGGUAAGCAAUUCCUCGGGGAGGGUGACGUCCUUAAUCUUGACGUGCUUGUCAGACCCCUCCGGUUUCUUGGCAAGCACUUUGCCAUUCUUCUCCAGAGCUGCGCUCCCUACCUUCGGGUGGCGCCGGAAGCUGUUGCGGAGCUGGGCCGGGAAGGGGUUCUCCUCGAGACGAAUGUAGCAGAAUCUCUCCUUCCACCCCUUGUGGGACGAGGGCACGUCGUCAAAGAGCCUGAACUCCGGUACCUGCUGAAGGUUGGCAAAUCCCUCGGCAUUUGAGUGCCCCCCCGACAUAGAUUAAAAGACAUGAAGAACUGGUCGAGGGUAGGUUCAACCCCCCCGGCUCUGGCAUAGGGAAAGGAAGCCGGCCACGUAGGAGUGGCUGUUGGGCGUUAGCUGGCAGGGGGCCAACCCCACGAACCUCAAAUACUCCAACAGGAAGGGAUGAAGCGGAAAACGAAGCCCCAUCUCCACCGAGAGGGUGUGGACAGCAAAACACCCUUCGGGCGCAUACCGCAACAGAUCAUCUGCCCUGGGCUCCACCACGCGCGCCGAAGGACCAACCAACAUCUGAGUGGCCUGGUAUUCUGCCGGGGACGCCCUCGUCUUCAGCUCCAGGGCGGCGGUGUUCAGGAACGAGUGGCCCUCGGGUAUGCCUACCGGCCGCCCGACGUCAACAACCGCUUGUUUCUUCCUCGGGGCCGCCUUCAUCUUCUUUUUCUUCCCGGGAGCCACACUGAUGGGCGUCGGGUCCAAUGGCCGGGAGGAGCUGGCUUCCCCGGCACCACGAGGGGGAAGAAUAGCGACCGUCACCUUCAUCCUCUCCCUCUCCUCUUCUUCUUCGGCAGUUUGCACGGCGAGGGCGAGCUCUUCGUCCUCGUUUUUUUGCUCGAAGCCUUCGGCUUCGACUUCGGCCUGGAGGUCUUUCUCCACUUCCAUGGCGACUGCAGCAUCACCACCCACCGAGGACUCCACGCUCGAGGACUCGACAUCUGAGCACGUCUCCAUCUCGACCGAAGGCUCCCCCGAGAUAUCCUGGGAGUCGCUUUGUGAAGACAUCUUCCCACUACCCGAGGGCUCGGAAAUGUUAAGUAUCCUAAAAAAUUCUAACUCCUAGCCUAAGGGCACAGGGCACAGCUAGCUAGGAGGAGAAAGGCAGGGGGGAACUAACCUUAAGAGCUGGGAAUCGACCGAAGGCUGGAAUUUCUCUCUCUAGAAAUAAUUCGGCAGAGCUUCGCUAACAAGAUUUCGCACAAGGGGAAAUGUCCGGCCUUGGGGUAUUUAUAGGCAAAAGGAUCCGGGCUUGGGCCUGGAAACCGGGCCUCCGGUUGGACUGCCAUCAUUACCAACCGUGGUUUCACCCAAUCGGUGACGCCCGCCCACGGGCAGCCAACGAGCACGCACCACGUGGAAACCCCCCCAACGGCUAUAUCCUGACGUUACAUAUCCCAACGGCUAUAUUCUGGGAGCCCCCGGGCUUUUUACUUCACUCCACUGCAUCAAGGAGAGCCUCCGGGUACACUUACCCGGAGACGCUCCCGGGUUGUGCCCCACACAGUACAUAACAGAUGCCUUCGGGAUCAAACCUUCAGAAGCCCAAGGCUUCAUAUCAGGCACCCCUCGGGGACCCCCCCUCAGCACUUUGAGAGCCGGGUAGCCCCCCCGGGGAGUAUGCCUCAUUGACGGAUCACCUACGGCACACAGGUAACGGGACCCCUCAGAUAUCCUCAUCACCAGCUAAUCAACAAACAGGGGACCCCCCGGUAACAACUCGACUGCUACCCUCAUUCAUUACGCCCUCGAUCCCCAGAUUGAGGGACUCCCCUUCGGCACCUCCCAGGACAUCAACAACAAGCCUCCGGCUAAUCAACACAUGAGCCCUCAGAACAGGGAAAGCCUUCGGCAACAUCAUUAUUCUCUAUUUCGAACCAAGGUCUCACAUUUUCGAUUCAUCAUUGGGGGAAUUCGGUGCACUCUUUUUCCCUCAUUAGGAUUUUUUCCCACAUGGUUUUUCCUAAUGAGGUUUUUAACGAGGCAUCCCCCCAAAAUAAAACGAAAAGCGUCAGCCUUCGGCCCACAACAGCAACGUAACUACUUUACUCCUUUUCACCACUUUGCAAGUGCCUCAAGGAGUGGGGGACUGGAGGACCCCCCUCGGGAAAAAUCACAAAAAUCACAAAACAUGACCCCUCAAGUCCCGACAUGUGGGUAACUGAGGGACUGCCCUCGGUAGAAUAAACAAACAUCAAACUACCAGCAACCCUACAAACUACAAACGGAACAACGGCAGAGGACAAACACAAAUUACUCCUUUUCCCUCAAGUACCUUUCGGCAAAAGGAGUGAGGGACUCCUGAUGGAGUAUGUGGCCCGGGAACCCCCGGCCCACAGACUCCUACUACUCCAAUAAAGGCCCAACAGGCCCAGAAGGCCCAACAGGCCCAAAUCACGACGCCCAGAGUACCAAGCAGCCCACAACACGCACCAGGGGUGCCUUCGGCCCCAUGGCCGAAGGCUCUAACUCUCACAGGAGGGCCAAGACAGCAAAACAAAGUUACUGGGAAAAACGGCGAAAAUCAGUAGCCCUCGACAAUGGGAGCCCUCGGCACUAAGGGGGUCCCCGGAACUCAGAGCCUUCGGCUAGUCCUCUACAGCCGAGGGCACCCUGCCCGACAUGAUAUCCACACCACAUGCGUACAGAUCACCGUACCCUGUACAAACGUCCCUUCCAACAGCCGCAUUAAAUGCGGCCACAUGCGGUUGCCAGCGCCAACCAGAUGAGGUGACCUCUCGGCCAAUGGACGCUUGACACGUGUCCCUGCCCGGCAUUUAUUGCUACUAUAAAUAGCACCCCUUUUCCCCAUUUGUAACCAGGUCAUAACACGCUAAAAACGCUCCACACUUUACAAUAUACUUUCUCUCUCUAUAUUUACUUGCUCCGACUUCUCUCUUAUUAUUCCCCGCAAUAACCCCUCGGAUAAGCUACCCCCCGGGUACACUAUCCAUCAACCACAUAUAACUAAAAGUUAAUACUACCUCCGUCCCAUAAAAUUGUUCCCACUUUGACUUGGCACGGAGAUUAAGAAAGUAGAAAUGUAUGGUUGUGGUUGUGUAAGAAAAAUGUGAAAUGAAUGUGAAUCACACAAAUUGUCCAAAAAUGGUAAGUGAGAAGAUUUUUUUGGGACGGCCCAAAAAUGAAAGUGGGAAGAAUUUUAUGGGAUGGAGGGAGUAAUUAUCCGUAAAAUAUUCAUUAGGAUACGUGUGUUAAUAAAUUUCACCUAAAAAAGUACUCCGUACUACUUAUGUUAGUAGUUGCAUGAAUUUCCAACGGAAACUCCAUUAGUUUUUAGUACAAUAUAGUUCACUCAUUUGAAACUACACUAUCAUUUGGAAUUAAACUUUCCUUGUUUUUGAGCUACAAUUAGCCCAACUAUCGCUACUAUAUGAAAUAUCCUUCAUCUCUUGUAGAGGACUACUAAAAUCCUUUUAUAUUUUAAUUGUUACCGUCCUAAAAAACUCCCACAUUAUCCUUUAAACAAUACUCCGUAAGUUUUAAUUGUAUUCUAACUUUUUAAGAUGAAAAUUAUUUUGAUUAUAUUAUUUGAUUUCCUCACUUUUUCAAAUUUUCUUAUAUAUUACACAUUUUUAAGUAGUUAUAUUGGGCACCUGUCGCACGUAGUGCGUACACUGCUAGUUUUGACAUAAAAUAAUCUGCUUUAUGAAAACACAAGCACUUAAUGACACAGAUGAUGUUUAAUACUACGUAUUGAUUAAAAAAAAAUAAACACAUGAAGACUUAUUCACACAAGUGCCAGGUAUUAUGAAACAACAAAACGGCAGAAACAUGCACGCACGCACGCAGUACAAAUUCAAAACAAAAGGAAAAACGUCUUAAGAUUGUUAUUUGUGUGUAUUAAUAUUCUGCAUGCACAUGAAAUAAUAAUUAAAUAAUUAAGGAAACAUCUAAAAUUACUUGUAACCGAGCCCAACUUAAGCAUUGUCCUUAAGACGUUUUUGCCCGACACACGUAGCAAGCGUCUCCCAGGAUAGAACGGUUCUUCGCUCCCAACGGGAUUCCGGCGAACUCAAAGAUGCAACGAAGAGAGAAUAUGGAGGAUUGUACGAUGAUUUUCGGAUACCCAAAAUUGAAGACAAGGCGGGUAUUUGUAGGGCUCUGGCCAGGAGUCUCUAACCCAAUGGAAAAUCAUGACCUUUCUUUUAAAACAAAUGGAUGUGUUUUUUAUUUGGUUUUAUCCGAAAAAGAAAUAAAACGUAGCAAAAAAAAAUCUCUAGUCUUUAGCCAUACGGAUGUGUCCGGUGAGACUCGAACCCGAUCCCGCCCGGCCGACUGACAGUGGCGGUGUGUGCGUGUUAAAUAUAAUUUCACGCUUAUCCUUAGGGGAACAAUUUCUCAUUCAUUUCAAAAUGGUUUUUCACAAAUAACAUUAGUAAUAUUAAUUUGUAAAACCAUUUUUCCAACACUAAUGCAUGACACCUAUUCAAGGAAUUAUAUUAGUUCAAAUAGAGGGAAAAUGUUAUGAAUUUUAAGUUGUUCCGGUCUAAGGGUCUUGGUUUCUAUUUGGUAACCCACUUUAUAUCUAGUUCACUAUGACUAAGAGAGCAUAAUAUUAAAUUUGGAGUACGGUUAUGUAUUAAUAUUAUUACUGUGACUCGCCCAUUACAAUUUUAAGAAAAUUACCUUCAUUUAACCUAGCUAAAGAACCUCUACACUUUUUUCAUUUUACUUACACCAUAGUUUGAAUUUCAAAACUUAUUUAAUUUACUUAUUCAAAUAUGAUAUAUAUAUUCAGGUUUAAAUUCUGGAAUAUUAGAAUAUGGUUAGAAUGAUUGAGUUAUGGGUCUGAUUCAAGGGUCAUAAUUUCUUUUAUAUUAAUAUAGGCGAUUCACUUUGGCCUUUUUAUUCCAAUAUUACUAAAAUGAAUGAAAAAGACAAAAAAGUGUUUUGUUUUAAUUUUUUCCAAAAAAGUGACUAAAAGUCAUUUAUUUCUUAUAUUUAAUCAUACAUUUAUUAUUUUAAUAAUAUUCCUUUGCAGCCACCACCACCUCUGUGACGCCGACUCCAGCACCGUCGUCGUCACCGACACCACCGCCUCCGUCACCGGCACCGCCGCCGCUGCCACUCCGGUCACAGUGACUCCGGCCACAGUGACUCCGGCCACCGACCUUAGUGACAGCCCGUCCACCGGCCGUGACUGUCGCCCCCAGCCAGUGACUGCCGCCACCCCCUGUCCAGUGACUGCUGUCAUCGCCGACGAGUGAGUGCCGCCCUUGUCCAGUGACUGCCGCCCCGUCUCGUGACUGUCACCCCCUUCCCCCGGCCAGUGAUUGCCUCUUCUGCACGUCCAUUGAACCACCGCACCCCAACCCAAGCCCCAGUCCGCUCGAACCCCACCACACCCAGCCCUACACAAUCGCUAACCACCGCAGUUCCAACUCCCAUCCUACCCUCCCCAUCUCCAAACCCCCUUCUCAACCCUCCCAAGGCCCCCUCUCCACUCCCCUGACUCCCCUCUCUUGCAACUCUCACAUUCCCGUCCAGCCACCAUUCCCAGCCCCAGCCAAAUGCCCCUCCCUUGCUCUUGCCCUUGCCCAUGUUCGUACCUCCUCUCGAGUGCGCCACCCCAUCCUUCCAGGCCCACUCUAACGCAGCAACCCUAGCCACGACCUGCAACAUCAGCUCCAUCGAAGACGACGACGAUGACAGAUGUGGUCGUAAACGAUGAUUCAACAGAUCUGGGUUUAGAUAUUUGUUGCGAUUGAGUUUUACGGGGAGAGGGCGGUGACGACGGUUUGAAAGAGACGACAACCUGAGUUCCUCCGCUGCCGCCUAGACAACAAAUGAGAUGACCUCGGAGAAGAGGUGUGUUGGUGUCAGCGACUCUCACAGCGGUGUACGGUGGUGGCAGCGACGUGACAUUGCCUGAGCUCCAGUCGCACACUCACGAGCUCGAUGGUUGGGGAUGAGAUGAAAUGCCAGACUCUAAUUUAGGGUUAGGCCGCUAUUGGGCUUUUGAUAUUUGAUGUGGGAUGCGAGAACGGAAGUGUCGAAGCUUGGAAAAGUGACUUUUUUGUCCAAAUCAGUUUUAGUCACAUUUAUGUCAAACAAAAGCUGAUUAGUAUUAUUCUUGCCAUUUUUUCAUUUACUUUUAAAAAAUUCUGUUUGGUGAAAAUGAGUAAUAUUACUAAUAUCCUUAAUUACAUUUGUAGAAUUUUAAGAACCCUUUAUAAAACUUCUUCGUCCAGAGAGGGAAUGGACAAUAGCUUCCAUUAUUAUAUACUGUAGUAUUCAAUUAUAGUUUCGGUUCAAUAUAGUAACUAAACAAAUAAGAAAGACCAAUUGCAAUUAUUUCAAAAACAUAUACUACAAAAUGGAAACAUUGAAAUUAGAAAACUUCUUAAUGACUUGAAUUUUGUUCUGUACUCUCUGGUUGACGUUCCUUGAGUAAUUAGUUUUCUCAAAUUCCAUCUUUCAACUAUGUGCAUAGUCUUACUCACUCUUCAACUAAAAUAGUAAAUUGUGCAGCGCUAUCAAUCACCUACUCGGUAUCAUGUGUACCUACGUGCAAACAUACACCUUCUCCCCAUGUAACAAAUGAAAUGUCAGGUGACAUGGUGACUUUAGUCUCACCAUCUUUCUUGCUCAAACUUUGGCUUGUUUGGGACUGCUCGCGUAGAAACUUUCAGCAACAAUCACUAUUUCUAUGGCUUUAAUGACCACAUAGGUUGAAAUAGCCCUCGAACCAAGUAUUGGUAUCGACGAGCUUCCCUUGCUCCCACAAUCUUUUGGAAUCUCCCAUUACUUUGAACUUGACCUCUACCUGUGCCUCAACCUCGUCCUCCAUUCCUCCCUCCUCAUCUUUUUUAUUCUGAAACAAGAGCAUAUGGGUGAUCAGUCCCAACUUCUUUUCUUCAUAUUUCCUCUAUCAUUAAGGUAUUUAUGACCUUCUGCAUAGUCACAGUGCCGUUUGGAAUAGAAUUGCUAGGAAUGACAAUAAGAGUCUCCCAACUAUAAGGUAGAGAACUUAGGAGUAGUGUUGCAUGUUCCUUGUCUUUGAGAAUUCAUCUGGUCAUGCUCAGCUAGUUCACGAGAUCCUGGAAUUGCUUGACUCGUGUGUUCUGCCACUGAGAUACUACCAUGUAACUUGCAGUUUACCAAUCGUCUCAUGAGUAGGGUCUUAGUUCGAGUUGUUUUUGCUUGAUAAAUCCUAGUAAGCUUCUCUUAGAGUUUGUAAGCAGUCUAAGCACCAUGUUCUUGAGCAUUAUGAUGGAAUACAUUAUGAUCGAUCCAUUGUCUAAUUUGUGCAACAAUUUUUCCGUUCAUUUAAGCCCAUUAUUCAUCAUUUAUGUUGUCAGGUUUGGUACCAUUAUUAUCAAGAGGAUCAUCUAAAUCCUUUAAAUUUUGCAAAUCCUUCAUUCGAGGUUUCCACAUAUUCUAAUUUGUUAAACUCAAGUUUCAGGUAGAACUUGAAGGUUGCUGUCACCGCCCGUUGCUUCGGGAAGAUCAAAGGAAGAAGACGUGAAAUGGAACGUACCGGGAAAGUAACUAGAAGGAACCGGACUGGCCGAGCACCGGGAGGAUCCAUGCAUGGUAGUAGAGGGGCUUCUAGGGUGUCCAGAAGACAGGGCCGUGGAGGCCAAGCUAAGACCGUGAGUGACGGUUAUGUUGAAACAGUCAACGAGUCUUAUGAGUCCGAGGAGGAUUCGACGUAUCAACCGGGAACUGAGCCGGUUGAGACCCCAUAUGAUGGGGAAUAUGAUGAUGCCAGUGAGGGGAGCGACGAUGAUGACGCUCUAGAAAGGAUGGAGGAACUACUCCGUCAAUUUCAACAGGAUCGCCAAAGGCGCCGUGCAAGGCGUGCUUUGGGAGGGGCUUCAAGAAUGACAUAUACGGACGUUUAUGUGAGAUUCUCAUUUCUUCAAUUCAAAUUAUUUUUUAUCAUUUCUUCUUCUUCUAAUAAUGACAUAUUUGGACGUUGUCAUUUAAUUUAUUGUCAAGAAUAAUUCUAAAACUACUUUAAGUUUUUUUUAUCAUCUAAAACUACUUUAAGUUAAUAUAUCUUGUGCAUUUUUAAGUA